AGGAGUACAAUUCAUUAACGAUCGUUGAAGUAUAACGAACUCUCCUCCUCCGAAGAGUGAUCAUCAUCAGAGCAGCCCUGAACAGGAGUGCCUUGAGUGCAGUGUCUUAUUCUUUAAGAACUUUAUCGUUUCGAACGCAAGAAAAUUUCGAACGAAGUGUUUUGUGAUAAGAGUGAUAUCUCGAAGCAAGAACAGCCAGAUAAUGAAAGUGUUUGUUGCCGUAUUUGCCCUGCUAGUGGCAAGCGCCCUGGCCGCCCCAGCUCCGGCUGAGGAAUCGUCCAGCUCCAGUGGCCUGGGAAUGGCCCUUCGGUAUUUUGGAACCUGUCUGGAAUCGGAAGAAAUGGGAACCUGCUUCGCAGUAAAAGGAAUUACAGCCCUAAACCGUGCCGCCCGUGCCAGCAACAUUGAAAUCGUGCCCGGUGUUACUUUCUCAAGAGACCCGACCGCCCCGGUUGAACGCAUGGGCAAGUCCGUGUCGGAGAACGAAAUUAUCAGCACCCUGCCCGCCAGCGCUGAAGACAAGAGCGACGCUCUGUUCGAUAUGGCCGUCGACUCCGCCAAGCGCCUGUUCACUGCCCGCUCCAUCCAGUUCAAGCUGCCCGAGGAAGCCCAGGAAUCCAUCGCCCGUUCUAUCGAAGAAGGUAGACUGCUGAAGAAAGGUAAGAAGCUGAAGAAGGUCCUGGGCCCACUCGUCCUGGCUGUCGGAGGAAAGCUGUUCGCCCUGCUGCCCCUGCUCCUCGGUGGAGUCGCUUUGUUGGCCGUCAAGGCUCUGAUCGUUUCCAAGGUCGCCCUCGUCCUGGCUGUCAUUCUCGCCGUCAAGAAAUUCCUCGGAGGCGCUGUUGAAGGUGCCGGAACUCUAGGUCUGCUGUCCAAGGCCGUUGGAGGUGCUGCUGCUGCUGGUGCUGGUGCUUUGGGAGGCAGCGCCCUGUCUGCUGGUGUUGGCGGUGGUAGCGCUGGAUGGUCGUCUGGAGCUGGUGCUCAGGGCUGGUCUCAAGGCAGCGGUCAGUAUCCUUAUGCCCGUAGCUACGAUACCGCUCAGGAUCUCGCCUACAGCGCCCAGGCCCCCAAGGCGUAAGCCACCUCUCCUGCACUCCUACACCCCGAAACGAAACCAUAUUAGGUUAGGAAACUUCCUUCUACAAAACUCUACGCACCAACUAUGGCUCCUGUAACUAUAACUCUAGUCUUUGUGUCGACCCCCACACUGUCAUGGGGAACUUCGUAGGGUCUCCUACACAACCCACAUAUUCUCGCUUCAACCUAAACCUGUCCACCUAGCACCGAAACGUGCACCCCUCGAUCUAGUCUCUAACCGUCAAUUUCACAUGGAAGUCAGAAAGCGAGACAACGCAUCGUUGACGAGUCUAUCAGCACACCGUUCGAAGCCGGAAAAUUGAGGUCUCCUCCACUCUACGCUCCAAUCAACACACACAGCACCUACCACAAUUACACCACACGCCAGAUCGUGACGAAAACCGAUCCAUCCACAAACGUCUAAUCUUUCACAGAAACACACCUCUUCCUAUCUCUUCAUCCGCCGCAACAAACUCCUUAACAGAGAAAAAAAAAACAAUAACAAACCCCCGCCAACCCACCAACGAAGAGUAAA